UCCACUUCCCUCGAAGAAAACCGCCGGGAGAAUUACAGCACACCUUUCCAACUUCCAUGUUUUAAAUCUUUCUUUGUCCAUCGAAGAAGUUGCUUUCACUCAUCUUUUCAUACUUUUUCCUCCUUAAUAUUGAAAACCCAUCAAUAUUCUUUCGUCAUUUUUUAUGCUUGGAAUUAGUAAUAUUUCAGCUAUUUAUCAUCAUAUAGACAUAUAUGUUCGAUUUUGGUGAUGAAUUUGUGAUUGAGAGCCAGAGUGUUCCAUGGCUUAUAUGGGCUCAGUUACUUGUCACGAUUCUUCUUGUUGUUAUACUUUUUUUUGGAUUCAGCAUCUUUGCUUUGGAUCGAUUCAACAAUCCCUCCUGCAGCUCAGCAUCUUCUUCCUCUCAAUCCCAUGGCAAAGACGCUUUGCUCAAUAAAUCCAGCUCUUCACAUGGCUCUAAGGUUGAAGAAAGUCAAAGCAGUCAAAGGGAGACGGAGGCAAGUGCAUAUAAAGCUACCAUAGGAGAAGAAAUUGAAGAAAGAGAUGAAGCGUCAGUAAAGGAUAUAGCCCUUCUGAGGCUUUUGGGACAGGGAAACCACCCCUGCCAUUAUAUGAAUCUUGCUAAACAGGCUAUUCUCAAGUGUUUUGGCUUAGGUUAUACCUCUGAGAGAUCUCACAGUUGUAAACAUCGAAAGGAAGACUAAGGAAAAGAUUGCAGUCAGUCUUGGGCGGUGGAUGGAUUAAUCCAAGUAGAAUUAGCUGUUGUCAAUUGUACGAAUUUGUAAUCCAUAUUCACAUCUCACUGUAAUUUGGCUCCAGAAACUAGCUAACUCUAGUACGUUUAUUGAGAACUCGGCAAUCUAAUUAAUCUAUGGCUGCUGUCUAUUCAGGAAGGACAAUUUGUCAUUUGUUAAUUUGUUGGGAAAGAGUGCAUAAUUGCAGCCCUUCUGCUUCUGCUGUUUUAA